UUUUGAGUUUUAUAAAGGCAAGCUUAAUACUCAUAGAAUUUUAAAUUAUGACAGUGAAUUUGAAUACGAUACUCUCAAAAAAAAAAGUUGUGGGCUCUGUAAACCUCGCGAUUCUAUAUUAGGACUAUUAAAUUGA